CGCUUUUCCCUUUCGUAAAUCUGGCAACCCUAAAAAUAAUCAAACCAAGAAAUUCCCCAUGGUUGUUUCCGGUGUUUAUUUUUUGAUAAUUAGUUGUUAUAUGUGAUGAUUUCAUUUAUGAGGAAUUCCAACGUAGGUGGUUACCGGAUGAUAUGCAAAUACGUAGCACAUACGUAGUACAGAGUACAGUAAACUGCCAAGUAAAGAGGAACAUUUUGCCUUCGCCAGUUGGCUAUACGUUUUGAAUUGUAUUGGCUACUAUGCUAAAUUUUUGACAGAGCAUUGACAGACAUUUGAAAAAUAAAUAAAGUUUAUUGGAAAAUAUGAAAAUGAAGAUGAAAUAAUGAAAGUGAGUGAAAAAACUAUUCUGGUUUUUAUACCUGACAACCUAAACUACAAAAGAUUAGGUUAUUUAAGUGGACAGAAAAAAGUGUUUCCUAAUUCUGAAGUUUAUUAUAUUACAAGUGUUAUACCUACAAAAACCAAUUAUCAAAGUAUUGGAUUUAUAGGAGAAAAAGUUGAUUUUGAUUGUCGUAAAGUAAACACAGAUAUUCCAAUAUAUAUCAAUAGUUUACAUGAACAAAUUGUUGUUAGAAACAAUUUAGAAAAUAAACCAAUAACCCAAAUAAUUUAUGAUUAUGAGAGAUUUAAACAUUCUGAUCUUGUAAACUAUGAACCGGAAAAGUAUGGAAAACACCUCAAAUAUUUAUCUUCAGAUCUCCGGAGUUCUACCCAAAUUUCAACAAAUGGGAGGAACAUUAUUGUAAAAUAUUUGUUAUCUGUUAUUUAUCUUUUGAAUUGUUUCAUAAAUUUGUUAUUUAAACUUAGUCAAGUUGUACAAAUAUCCUCAACUUUUGUACAUUUUGAAGAAAGCAUCAAGACUCUACGAUGGUUCUUAAACACUGUCUUGGAAGAAAAAAAAAUUACACCAAAACUUGGAAAUACUAUUUUAGCCAAAAUAAUCGACUUAGCUCUAGGCCUUUUUUUGAUUAGUUAUGUUUUGGAUUAUGAAGAACAAAUUUUUGACUUCAUGAAUUUCAUCAUUGAGUCUAUCAUAUCAAAUCUUAGAGGUCUUUUGCUGUAUUUAAUGGGACAACCAAUUGGGCUGAAGUUAAAUUAUGGGUUUAACAAUUUCUUAGGAAGAUUUUUUUUAUAUCACAUAUCCUUAUGGAGAAUUUUUCUGCAUGGAUUAUAUCCUUUAUUUACCAGUCAUUUUAAAUGGUUUGUGUUGCCAGGAAUUUUUGGAGUUUCCUAUCAAAUAGCAAUGAUCUCAGAUAUUGUGUCCAUUGCUACAUUCCAUUCUUAUUGUAUAUAUAUUUAUGCAGCAAGACUAUUUAAUCUCCAAUUGAAAUGCUUAAAAUCUCUGUGGAGAGUGUCAAUAGGUAGAAAAUUUAAUCCAUUAAGAAGUAGAGUGGAUUCAUGCCAGUAUUCUCAAAAUCAGCUGUUUAUUGGAACAUUGUCAUUCACGAUAUUAUUAUUUUUAUUACCAACAACUACUAUGUACUAUGUGGUGUUCACCGUGUUUCGUUUAAUCACGUUAUUUAUUUAUGGCUGCCUCCAAAGUCUGAGAAAUCUAAUCAAUAUUAUUCCAGUAUAUUCAGUGCUUCUGUGGACUAUAAAUGCAUCAUCAGUUGCAGGUACUGUUCAUAUAAUUUGGAAAAGUAUCGAUGACAGAGGAAACGUUAAAAUAGAAGCCAAAUUGGAAAAACCACCGUUUGUAACUAGUAUAAAAAAAUUUAUUCCAAACUCGAUGAGCAACGUUAAAAACGAAAAAACGUUUGGAGACAUCUUUCAUAGUAGUAUAACAGGAACAAUUUUGUAAUUUUUUCAAAUAAAUUGUAAAUAAAAAUUAUAUUUUUGAUUUUCUCAAA